GCUGCAACUAAUGACUUUUUGAUCAUUUUUUUUUCUCAAGGCUUCAGUUAAGAAACACGAGGGUCUUGAUAUAGAUCAAUGAUGUUGAUGAUGCAAUAUUUCAUGUUGCUUUUGAUGAUGCUUUUGAUCAUUUAACUAUUGGCUCUCAAGUGGUUUCUGUCAGAAACAUUUUUGUCUUUUCGUGGAAUUUGCUUCUCAUGUGGUGUAGAGGUUUUGUCUUCCAUAUAUAAGUUUUUCGUAACGUAAAAAAAAAGUCUUUCAAGAUAAAUCUUGUAAACCUUCAAAUUGAUUUGAAUAUACUCCUUUGAUUAAUUUGCUUGUGAUCAUAUGAUUUCCAAAUCAUCUUCUCAUCCUGAAUGUUUCUCAUAGAUGAAUGAGGCUUUGGAUUCUUUGAUAAAAUGUUAUUGUGAUCAUUGACACUCAAAGAAAUACAUUAGAUAACAAAACAUAUCAGAAUCAUAAAAUAAUUCUUAAGUCAUUAAGUUUGUUAUCAUUAAAAUACAAAGGAAUUUUUGGGAUAUUCCCAUCAUAUCAUGUUUCUAAAUUUUGUUGGUAUUAUGGUUUUUACUUUAUGUGAUGUUAUUUUUUCAUAUCACCAUAAAUGCUAUGAAAUUUCUUCAUAGAUUAUGAUGUAAACGGAUUAUGUAAUUACAGCAACGGAAAAUGAAUGAUCUUUUACUGCAUUCAUCACAAUGUGAUUCUGCACAUUGCCAAUAUCCUAAUUGUCGUCAAAUGAAGGGCCUCUUUUACCAUGCUAAGCGCUGCAGAACACGAAUUUUCGGAGGCUGUGUUAUUUGCAAGAAAGUGUGGUAUUUGAUUCAAUUGCAUGCUCGUGCCUGCAACAAAUCGGAGUGCAAUGUGCCGCGAUGCAGUGAUGUCAAAGAACAUCGAAGGAGGCUUCAACAACAAUCUAAUUCACAACAAAGAGCUGGUAGCAGUGAUGGAAAUGAUGUUGAAGUUGCUAACAAUGCUGGAUGAGCAAGGUAUUAGGCGGUGUUUCCUCUAUUUUGUCUGAAUAAGUGAUUUUUUUGAUUUUGUUAAGUUAUUUGUAUUAUUAAUGUACUAUAGUCCAAAUUAGUCUCACAUUUCUUUAAAAAUAUUUGUUUGAGGGAGGUACAUUCCCUUUUUUUUUGGUACAAAGAGGUAC